UACUUAAUAGAUAUGACACAUGACUUAAAUUAAUCAUAAAAUUUAACCAUAAGUUAUAUCAACUAAUCAUAAGCUGAUCCAACAACAACAACAACAACAGUAACCAUCACUGGUUCGGUUCAUAACAAUAAUCCAAACAUGUGUUCAGUACUGGCCAACGACGUGUUUGACGAACUGUACCGCGAAAAUCGGUCUCUGGUGGCCAAUCUGGUACACGAACAACAACUACGCCAAUUGGCCGACCAGAUCAUCAAUCAUCUGUUGGGUCUGACAGUGAACUGCAACUGUCCGCACGAUGACGAUCUCAUGGACAAACUCAAGACUAUGACCGUCGAGUAUCAGCGACAGAAGGCCAGCAACGACUCUARUAUUGAUCAUCCGUUUUAUGAGCCCGUCCUACGCGAAACAGUGGUGCCCACCAUCGAUAUGGCCGACUGUUCCUAUCAGUGCCAAGAGUGCCAGCAAUUGUUCACCACUGAUAUAGACUUAGAGAUCCAUAUAAAUAGCGUCCAUAAGAGCUGCCAGUCUUUUGUCUGUCACGAAUGUCAUCAUAUCUGCGAAACACAAGACCUGUUUGUCGAACAUUUGGAACAAAGUCACGGCUUUAAAGCUAAUAAUAUUAAUGAAGAUGAAGAAGAAGAAGAAGAAAAGUUGGUKCAAAAUGAUAUCAAACCAGACGUCCGAAGAUCAGAUGUAUCAAUGAGUCCGUCAUGGAGUCCAUACACGAGUCCCGUUAAGUCAAGUCCAUACAAGUUAUCGCCAGUUUUAACUAAGUUAAGUCCACGAAGUUUAGUGAAGAGUAUGCGAGUGUUUGGUGGCGGCGAUGAUGAAGUAAAUCCAGACUUUCGGCUAAUGUCAGAGAUGUUGCACCAGAGCUAUGCAAACAAUCUGAACGAAAAACUGGAAACAACCAAAAACAAGAAGAUCUAUAAAUGCAAUAARUGUUCGCAACAAUUCAAUCGACAACCGUUUCUUGAAGCGCACGUCAAUCGGGUACACAAUAAGACCAAACCGUUUUUGUGUGACAAAUGUGAUCAACGAUUUUAUGCGAAACACUAUUUAGACAAACAUUUGGCUGCCGAGCAUAAGAUCAAGUCGUUUGAGUGUAAUUUAUGUUCAUUUAAGACGAUGUCGUCUAAUAAUAUCUUACUUCACAAGAAACGGAUGCAUUCGGGAACUAAUGGUCCGAAUGCGAAGUCAGUAAAGACGACGACUAAAACAGUUAAUGUCAAGAAUAUUGGACAGAAAAAGUCGGAUGAGUUUGUCUGCGAUUUGUGUGACUUUAAAACUACUGCCAAAUACUCGUUUAUUUUGCACAAAAGUAGUCAUUCGAUGACCAAAAAGAAGUUGCGAUGCAAUGUCAACGGCUGCGGCAAAGUGUUUGCCAGCGAAGCCAGUGUCAGACAACACGAAAAACUUGUUCAUAAAAAUCUGAUGACAACACAGGCAAAGAAGCCAAAAGUGUUUCGGUGUCAUAUCAGUGACUGUAAAGAGAUUUUCAUUAAUAAGGUUCGACUCGACAGUCAUAGACUACAGACGCACGGCAUUAGUCUUCCGAAACCGAGCGAAACAAUCAAAACUGUGGCGAAAAAAUCACAGACAAAGAGAUCGAGCGGCGGUGACGGCGACGACUCGACAAUAUCGGCGAAGAACACUACCCAUCGGUGCGAUGUUAGCGGCUGUAGGAAACGAUUCAAAACUAUGUCGUUUCUGGUCGUCCAUCAACGACAGGCGCACAGUAUUGUCAAACGUUUUGGCUGUGAUUAUGCCGACUGUCGGCGCUAUUUUAAGACAAACGCCAAACUUCAGGCACAUAUACGUCAACAUAAGGAACUGGAAAAACGGUUUACCUGUCACUGGAAUGGCUGCAACUUUAAGACCGAUACUUACGCUAAACUCAAUCAACAUAAACGACAACUAAAACAUACUUCGAGUGGAUUAUAA